AUGGGACUGGAACUCACAAACCGUGAGAUCAUGACCUGAGCUGAAGUCAGUUGCUUCACCGACUGAGCCACCCAGGCGCCCCUUGUAUCCAUUAUUAUCAAAUACUUUUGCAAAGCUCAUGGCAUCCCAGGGGAGGUACUUCAUACACCUAAAUUCUCAGCAGUCACCUCCCUGUGUUUCAGCUGUGACUAAGCUGACACUAGCUACAGUUUGUGUUUCCUUCUGUUGAAAGAAGGAACUUUGAAGGCAAACACCUCUUCCUCAGUGUAGAGCCACCCUCAGGAGGCAACUAGAACCAUCUAUUCUGGAGUCUUAUUUUAAUGGUUAUCUAUCUAUCUAUCUAUCUAUCUAUCUAUUUAUUUAUUUAUUUCAGUGAUGUUAACAUACAGUGUUACAUUAGUUUCAGGUAUGCAAUAUAGUGAUUCAACAAUUGUAUACAUUACUCAGUGCUCAUGAAGCGUUUGGAAAAGGAACGUAAGGCCGAAAGGAGGUCUAACGCCCACCAGCGGGCACCGCCCCCUCUUAGCCCCACCCCUGCCAAGGCCCCGCGUCCUUGCUAUUGGUUCCUUUCGCUGCGCCGUCCGUUGCCGUGGAGACCAAGGCUAUGGCAACCAGGAGAAGCCAAACUUGGUCCUUCCUCUGGAACGGCGAGGGCUCCGGGACAAGGGGCUGGACUCCGCGCGGAGUUCAUGGCGCUCUACGAGCUUUUCUCUCAUCCGGUGGAGCGCGGUUACCGCGCGGGGCUCUGCUCCAAGGCCGCGUUGUUCCUGCUGCUGGCCGCCGUGCUCACGUACAUCCCGCCGCUGCUGGUGGCCUUCCGGAGCCACGGGCUUUGGCUGAAGCGGAGCAGCUACGAAGAGCAGCCGACCGUGCGCUUCCAGCACCAGGUGCUACUCGUGGCCCUGCUGGGACCCGAUCACGGCGGGUUCCUGGCCUGGAGCACGUUCCCCGCCUUCAACCGACUGCAGGGGGAUCACCUGCGCGUCCCGCUGGUUUCGACUCGAGAAGAAGACAAGAACCAGGAUGGGAAAAUGGAUGUGUUACAUUUUAAACUGGAGCUUCCUCUGCAGUCCACAGAACAUGUUCUUGGUGUGCAGCUCAUCUUGACUUUCUCCUACCGAUUGCACAGGAUGUCGACAUUCGUGAUGCAGAGCAUGGUGUUUCUCCAGUCCUCCUUUGCUGUGCCAGGGUCCCAGCUCUAUGUGAACGGAGACCUGAGGCUGCAGCAGAAGCAUCCCCUAAGCUGCGGUGGCCUCGACGUUCGGUACAAUGUGUCUGUAAUCAACGGGACCAGCCCUUUUGCCCGUGACUAUGACCUCACCCACAUUGUUGCCGCUUACCGGGACAGGAAUGUAACCACCGUCCUGAUGGACUCCAACCCCAUCUGGCUGGUGGGAAGGGCCGCCGAGGCUCCAUUUGUGAUUAACGCCAUCAUCCGGUACCCAGUGGAAGUCAUUUCUUAUCUACCAGGAUUCUGGGAAAUGAUAAAGUUUGCCUGGAUCCAGUAUGUCAGUAUCCUGCUUAUCUUCCUCUGGGUGUUUGAAAGAAUCAAAAGAUUUGUGUUUCAGAAUCAGGUGGUGACCACGAUCCCUGUCACCAUAAUGCCCCAGGGAGAACUGUAUAAGGAGCACUUAUCAUAAGAAGACCAUUUCUGAGAACUAAGCAGGACCCUGGCUACCUCAGCCUUGUCUUCUGGGAACGGCCAUCUUAAGAAAUUUUUGCAAAGAGCUCCUCAUGGACACGUGCCCGUGCGUGUCCUUUUCCUAUCAGAGACAAAGGACAAUCCGUUGUAAGUUUUCUCUACGCAAAUUCCAUGUCUUCUAAGAACCUCCACAAUCUUCAGGGACUAGUUUGUGGAAACAUCCAGAGGUUCCUGAAGGCUAUAAUUUGCUUUUUUUUUUUUUUUUUUUUUUUUGCCUUAGACUUGAAUUUCAGGAGAAAACUGCAGUCAGUUCAGAACUCUUGGAAAGAGUCCCAUCUCUGGUCAAGCAAAGACUUUUCCUCUCUUGAACUGAGAAACAUGCUAUGCAUUUCUUCCCACUAUUGUAAACCACUUUUUACUCUUUUCAGGCCUCUCUUGUGAGAGAUAUGCAAAUCAGUAGCACUUUCCACUCCUGAGCAUCUAAAUUUCCCAUUCAGAACUUUGGUUUCCAGAACUGAGAGGUCCUUGAGGGGGAGAAUGGGAGCGAGAGAAAGGGUGCGCUGGAGAGCACAUGCACGCACACGUGUCCGGUGGGCGACUCCAGGACACCGGGACCAUCCACCUGCCCUCAGGCUAACAGACAGUGGUCUGUCAUCAGCUGGGCUGAGCAGCCCUUUAUCCCUGCCCUGCUGUGGCUGGCUUUGUGCCCUGCCUUUUGCCCUGUCUGUGCCCCUGGAACAGCAGGCUGAAGCCAGAGUGCUCUUUCGUUCACAGUCCCCUCCGCAACAGUGGGGGAAGUAAGGAUUGUAACAACAGUUUCUUUCUCUCUGGCCCUUACCCAACAGCCUGGACACUUGCCACUCCUCCUCCUUGACAGCCCUCCCCCACUUCUUGAAAAGGACGCGGGUGACAGAGGACCUGUUGUUGGUAUUGGUUCCCACUGCCAACAACCACAGAGUUUGUUUGGAGGGCUAGCAGGAGACCCAGCUACUUGUAUUUCCCGUGAUGAAGGGACAGGGUGCCCGUCAGAGUGAGCAGCUUUGGGGAGAACGAACAAGGUGCACUGAGGGGGUAAAGAGGAUGCUUGCCCGCCCAGGACAGCCUAAUCAGGCCUGGUUGUUAGCAGAAUGACAAGCGGUCCGACAGGAUCAACCUCCUGCCUAAGUGAGUGUCAUCAGGAUGGGACUGCUGAAAUGGACCUCUGUUGCACACGGAAGGCUAGUUUGCCGUUCCUGGCGUGAGGAAAUGAGCUGUCCUCAAAGGACAGAUGGAUCUGCUUUAUGAUUCCAAGAUGUCACUGGCACUGGAGACACGCCUGCUCUGAACCAUGCUUCAGGCCCACCCACCCACACACUCCUCUACACGUGUAUGCCUCAGUUUACCUUGGAGAUUCAGUUCUCAUUUCCAAAGCACCUUUUCUUUCAGGCUGAGCAAGAUAAGAGGUUUGGAAACAGCCGCUUUGAAGUAUUCAAGCACAAAACUAGCUUAACACUGGCCCCUCUGCCUUGUCUUUUACUAUCUAGGGCUGUUUAUAUACCUACACAUUUUUUCUUGGGAUUUAAAUGAAAAAUGGUUUCUGGUUUGAAUCACAAAAAGGUAAGGAGAAACGGGAAGAUAGCUAAAGACAUGAAUUAACACCGCUUUGCAUUUUGUUAAAUUAUUUUCAGGCAGAACUUGUAUAAAGAACCAUGAUGUUUUGUACCUUUCUAAUUAAAAUAUUCAAAAUGGAA